AUGGCGGACAAGUACCCACUUACAGCUGCCUAUAAAAAACUGGUGGAGAAGGGCUUCAUCGAUGACAACAACCUUCCUCAAUAUGUAAGAAAUGUCAGCAAUAAUCUGUCACAAGCGAAACUUCACGAGCUUGAAGAUGUGCUCGGGAAAGAAUUCAAAACGAUUCAUGAACUCAACAAUUCGAAAUUAUUUGAUAUAGACGGUUUCCAGGGAAAUAGAGAGGAGGCAAAAGAUUUCCUACGGGAUGUCGUAGCAUUGGCAGAAAAGGGGGGAAUUCAAGGCGCUGGUGAUGCACUUGCAAAGCUGAGCUCCAUCAACAUAACCGGCAGUGGCGAGGACGAGAGCGAGAAUAAUGGAGAAAACGGCAAAACUGACACCGAAAAUGACCCAAAAAAAGACGACGAGAACGACGACAAGAACGACGACAAGAACGACGACAAGAACGACGACAAGAACGACGACAAGAACGACGACAAGAACGACGACAAGAACGACGACAAGAAAGACGACAAGAAAGACGACAAGAAGGACGACAAGAAAGACGACAAGAAAGACGACAAGAAAGACGACAAGAAGGACGACAAGAAAGACGACAAGAAAGACGAUAAGAAAGACGACAAGAAGGACGACAAGAAGGACGACAAGAAGGACGACAAGAAAGACAACUCUACCGACGACUCAAGCGACGAGUACGGGUCUGAGUAUAUCCCUGGCUCAAGGGGUAGAGGAAGGUCUGCGACGCCCAUGAGUGAUGAUGUUCGAGAACAGUUACAGUCCAACUUGAAGGAGUACUACGACAAAGCUAUUGAGCCUUUGAGGGACUACAUUUCCGGUGACAAGGAGGCCGGCAAAAUACUUCGACUUAUGAAUGACAGUAUCUGCUCUUCUGCAGCGCAACUUCUAAAGUGCAAACCAGCAGAUACCACCAACUUCACUAUUCCCUUCGACGAGUUGAAGAAAACGAUCAGCCAAGAGGUGGUCACGGGACCAGAAGAUUCUCAAUCCGACGAAUAUGCCCAAAAGUUGGGGAAAGCUAAAAUUAAGCUCUACUAUCUUUGUCGGAGCCACAAUAUCCCGCAGAAGUGGUUAAGUGGACUUUUGAUUGAUCCAACGAACGACGGUGUUACUUAUGAAUAUCGGAGUAUCUACAACAAAGAAAACCGGAGUGCAACAGAAUACUGGCCGUACAGAACACUGCAAGGCAAUGGCUUCCUGGUACUUUUUGAAAAGAAAAAGCAUGGUCGGAACGGGGACCAAAGCUCUUUUGGAGUUCAAGUCUUCGACGUCCAAUCUAAAAAGUUCAGGGUCGAAAUGAGAAAGUCGAUUGGUAGCGAAAUCUUGAACGAAUGGCGUAAGCUUAAGAGUAAGUACACAUUUUGGGCGGCAGAUCGCAAACAUAGCAAGGACAAAGACGGAGAGAUAGAAGAGGUCUUCUUUUAUACGAUGACGCAAAAGCAGACUAGUGUUGCCCAUUCGAGUCAGUCGGCUCACGCUGAGGUCUGCGUUAAAUUCGCAAAUUCUAUCUGGCCCCGGAUGAUUCAGAAAUGCGACGUCCAAAAACUUCUUCCCGCCGACGAGGAGCUUGAUAAGAUCCUGGAGGGGCUAGCGAAGAGAGACCAUAUGUUGCUCCCACGGGAAUUUACUCCUAACAAUGUUAUAAUACCCAUGAGGCCAAAAUGGGAUGGCAGGCAGGAAGUCCUUCUGCAAAAGGCUCUCAAUUGGCGUAACACAGCGCCAAUUGAUCCCUCUGUGUCAACCUACUCGAGAGAUUCGGUUCCUCCAGACUUUGAAACGCCCAGACAGACGCGGGAAUCCACCUUUCCCCCAAAUUAUGACGAUGGAUUGAAUCAGUUGCGGAAUGAAUUCGACAAGAAAUUCUCGAAUCUCAAUUCUCGCAUGGACCAUCUAGAAGAACAUGUGGUGACCACGGACUAUCUUGAUAACAUAUUCAAUCAGUUUUCCCGAAAGAUUAGUGAAAAGCUAGAGAGGUUUCAGCCGCGGUCUUGA